AUGUCUGCACUUGCGGAGGCCGAGCGCAUGGAGCGCGAAAAAGCCCUUAUGGAGGGACAGCAGCGGGUGGACAUGCUCCGUGAGACGGUACGUAUAAUGGCGAAUCGGCAAGCCGUUCUCGUCGGGACGAAGCGCCGUCUGCAAAUUUCCACCGGAGAGUUGCAGCGUCUCUCUUCUGACCACUGUGUGUAUGAGAGUGUGGGCCGCGUGUUUCUCCGGACACCGGUGCCGGCGUUCAUAGAGAAGCAGAUGGAGGCUGCAGAGAGGUGCGAGGCCGAAGAGAAGCGGCUGAUGAGUGAGAAGCAGAGAGUUGUGGAGCAACUGCAGAAGGAUGAAGUGCAGCUCCGUGAAGCAGCACAGCAGUACAUGGCUGAAAUGAGUGCCCGUCGGCAGUUACAACAGCAGCAGCAGAAACAGUAA